AUGCAAUUCAUAGUAGGCGUUCAAACGUCGAUCUAUUAUAUGUCGAUGUGGCCGUACCUCAGCAACGCGAAUCCGCUCUUCGGACUUUGGAACCAGAAAACAAUGUCAAUCAAGGCUCCAGUGGUUGUCGGAAUGACAAUGAUGCUUAUUGGGCAAUUCAUAUUUGGCUUACUUCCACUGUUCCACUCGGGCCAGAAGUGGGUCAUGCUGUUCGCAAGGCUACUUACAGGAUUCGGCGCAGGGACAUUGUCAGUACUGAGAGCCUACGCGGCUACCGCCUCCACGCCGCGUGAUCGUCUCAGUUCUGUUUCUUUCGGCACUGCUGGCUACGUGCUGGGACUUUCCUUCGGACCAGCUAUACAGGAAGAGUAUGCUGGUAUUAUAGAGAAGAACAAAGAUGGUAAUUGA